AUGGCGCAGCUAGGUAUUAAAGUUCGGAAGGAUAAGACUCAACUGACAGUCAACGUGAAGAAAUUUGUGAAGACGCUUGAGACUAUCUCGGAUGAUGAAGUUCAGGAGAUCCUAGAAGAGAAGAACUAUGUUGCUGUUCUUGGGAUAUGUGCCCAAGAUUCCAUGGGAAAUGGCUCAGGUGUAGGUGGUGGUGAAGUUUACUCAUUUCAGACUCCAAAACGCUCCAGCAAAAUGGCAGAGCUGGCCUUUGAAUUAGCCCGGACACCAGGACAGAGUGUGGCGCUUGAUUGCACUGAGUGCCCUGAGAAGACAGUCAAAUCCCCUCAAAGCAGCAAACAUUUGAGCAAAGCGCAGCAGAAGAGUAAAAGGAAUGAAUUUGUGUCCACCACGCCUUACAGACUCAGGAGGAGGCUAGCAGCUCCAGACACUCAUUUAGAAAGUGAGAGUGAAUAUUCUGCGUCCUGCUCAGAGGAGGAGGAGGAGGAAGAACAGAAGGAAGCCAGCGCUGUUGUUUCAGGCCGAAAGACCCCAGCAAAAACUAAGGCUGCAGCUACACCUCCUCCCAAAAAAACUUUAUCCAGAAAAAUGAAGGAGGACAAGAUGAGCAACCUGGUGGAGGAAUACUUUGAAGCCCACAGUAGUUCCAAAGUGCUCACCUCAGACCGAACACUGCAGAAACUGCAGAAAAGAAGGCUGAAUCAGGAAACACUGCGUGACCUCUUGAAAAAAGCUCCCCUUGCCUUUGCUGCUGAAAUUAAAGAGCUAAACCAACAGCAUGAGUCCCUGUUUUCCAAGUGGAUGCUGCAGUUACACUUGGGUUUCAAUAUUGUGCUUUAUGGACUGGGCUCAAAGCGGGAUUUGUUGGAGAAGUUUCGUACCUCUGUGCUCCAGGAUUCUGUUCACCUUGUGGUUAAUGGAUACUUCCCCAGCAUCACUGUGAGAUCAAUUUUGAACUCCAUCACGGAGGAAGUACUGGACCAUACUGGGACGUUCCGUAGCCCCCUUGACCAACUUGAAUUCAUCAUAAAAAGGUUUAAAGAAGAUGCAUCUUUAGAGCUCUAUGUCCUCAUUCAUAACUUGGACAGCCAAAUGUUGAGAGGAGAAAGAAGUCAGCAGAUCCUUGCACAGUUAUCUUCUCUGCCUAGCAUUUACUUCAUUGCCUCUGUUGAUCACAUCAACGCUCCUCUCAUGUGGGAUCAGGCAAAACAAAGCCUCUACAACUGGCUUUGGUAUGAAACAACCACAUUUAGUCCUUAUGUGGAAGAAACCUCUUAUGAGAACUCACUUUUAGUACAGCAGUCUGGAUCUUUGGCUUUGAGCUCCUUAACACACGUCCUGCGCAGUCUCACUCCCAAUGCCAGGGGGAUAUUCAGAUUGCUUGCCCAAUACCAGCUGGAGAACAAGGAGAACCCAUCUUACCCAGGGCUCUCUUUCCAAGACUUCUACCAGCAGUGUCGGGAGGCAUUCCUCGUGAACAGUGAUCUGACACUCAGGGCACAGCUGACAGAAUUCAGGGACCACAAGCUCAUCCGGACCAAGCGGGGAGCUGAUGGUGUGGAAUACUUAUUAAUUCCUGUAGAUGACAGUACCUUGACUGACUUCUUAGAGAAAGAAGAUGAAGAUAUAUAACGUCUCUCUGUUCCCAAAGCGUCUAUGGCAAUUGCUUUCAAGGGCUGCUGGAGAGGGGUCUAUACUCAGAUCUCUCUCCCUCCAACCCCAAAGCUGCUGGACUACUCGCUGAAAUAUAAUAAUGUUUUGGUGCUCAUUGUUCAACUACUUCAUGUAGUUUGGAACGAUGACUUCCGUAAGCAAGGCAUCUCUUGCUCUGUAGUUAGAUUUGUCUGCUUUGUCUGUUAGCUCAGAUGAGGCCUUCUUCAUUAUCUAUGCAGCCAACCUUACAGUCAGGAAAACUCACUCAGUAAGAUUGUGCCUUCUGCUCAUUACCUCACCAGACAUGAGGGUUUUGUUGGAGCAGUUCACCUGGGAAGUGCAAACCACUAGACCAUCAGAGCUUUAUUUUGUACUAGUGAUUCAACUUUUCAUGGCUGAGUGCUUUCCAGUACUCCCUGUUCCAGUUAGACAGGACUGUCUUCCAGCGUAUGAAGAAGCCGAGAUUUACAAUGCUAAGAGACCUGCCUUGACUGCACAAGGAAAUGAGACUUGUAGUGGGUUUGGGAUAUUGUGGGUAACUUAUUAAAUUCUGGCAAUAGAAGCAAAGGUCUUUCCCCAGACUCAUAUCCUUUUGCCGGAGGACUUAGGUAAUAGAAAUUGUGUUGGGCUUGAAUCAUUGCCUCUGGGUGAGAGUGAGCGAAUCCAUCUUGUUUCAUCUACGUUCCAGCUUGAUAUCCAGGAAUGUAAAGAGACUGUGGAGCUGAUUUGUUUAUUUUUAAAAAGCUUGCUUGCUUGCAUGCAUGUGUUUUUUGCGUCAGGAAUGUCCACUGAUCCUGGAGGAGGCCUUAAAUGCCAGUUAAAAGCGCUCCCUUUUUGUAGCCCUUAGAGGCUGGGAGACUGCUGAAGUUUCACAGCUUUUCUUCACUGUGUUUCUCAGGUAUGUGGGAGUAAGCCCUACAGUUCCGUCAACUAUAGUCUGCCAGCCAGACUUCAGGGACUCUUGAACAAUGCGUGUCUAAUAUUUGGUAGCUGUGUUACAGCUCAAUGUUGUAAUAGUUCAAAUCAGUCAAAUAAAGUACUUUAUUAAUUUUCAUUAGCCUGUGUUGUCUUCCACAAAUCUUUUUAUUUUGUAGGAAGACAGAUAGUCUUCUGGCAGUUGUGUGAAUGUGAAAGCCUCAUUUUCACUAUUAUUACCGUUAUGUCAAAAGUAUGCAGAUCUUCAUGCAGCACGCAGAUGAUUUCAAACUAACCAGCAGAAGUAUUUUAUACUGUUUCUUCUAAGGUACGAAAAUUAAAAAUAGUUUGCCUGAUUUUUAAUACCAGUAUAUAGCUUUUGAAAAGAACCAAAACAUUACAUGUAGUAAUAUCGUUACCUGUAUUCCCAGUGUUACCUGGCCUAUCCCUCACUGACAGAAACAACAGAACAGGUUUACAGCCUAACUUUUGUUUGUGCUGAAAACAAAGUAUCUGCUAAUCUCACUAUCAAUUUGAUUCUUCAAACAGAAUACCUAAUUAGCUUUACUGGAGGGUCUGGCGGGGAAAAGCGGCACAUGCCAGCAAGCAUCGCAGCAGCACCCUCCAGUUUCCUGCCCUAAAACCUCUUCCAACUAACAUUCUCUUUUGAUGGCGCUUGCACCUGUGUUUUACAGCCUGCUAACCCAAAACUUCACAAAAUGCAACAGCCUACCACUACUUAUGCUAAUGUCAGAACCAUUAAAACUUACACAUCUGGGCACAGGGGUCAAGGCAUUGCGUCUUACCCAAAUUCUCUAAGUUAGGUUCAGAGUUAAAGUACAAGUUAGGUUCAGAGUUAAAGUACCAGUACUCUGCUGCCGGAAGAGAUGUGUUGUUGGAGAAACGUAAAAGUAUCGUAGCCAAGAAGUAGCCGCUUCCUACUUUGCGGUGACAGUGACUCUCUCUGGAGUUUCUGUAACUUGAGAUUUAAUUUAUAUUUUGAAUACAUAUGGAAGACACUGCCUAAUGUGUUUAUAGAUAGUGAUGGAAUUGCACAUUUUCAGUGUAAUUAAAUCAGGUUUUCUAGAUGUGAAAUUUACUUGAACACAGUGCAGUAGUCAGCCUGACUUUAGAUUUAUUAAUUUAUUAGCUAAGAGUUUUGGUAGACUAUCAAAUGUCCAAGCAGGCCAGGAACAGGGCUGCAGGAGUUAUCACCCAUCUGCUAAGAAAAGGUUAACUUUGAAUCAUUUCUUGGCUGUCGCUGACUGUGAUGCAAUCAUGCAGGCUAAAUUACUGUGAAUUAAUUCCUGUGGAUUUUGUGUUAAAAUGUUUCAGUUUGAAUUUGUGCUGUUCCUGGAUGACUGCCCCAUCUAUGCAUUAAUUUUCUGUCUCUUUCAUUCUGUGUAUGUACUAAGGAUACCAGCUCUUCGGUGUGGGUCUGGUAGCAUUUCAAUGUCUUUUGCAGCAAGAAGACAUUUCUUCUUUCCUUUACUGGAGCAAGAAGACAUUUCUUAUCCUUCUGAACCCUACCUUUGCCUGUUUCUCAGCUUACUUAGAGGUACUCAUGGUAUUGAUAAUCCUAGAGUUACUCACCUCUUUCCAGUUAAAUACAACCAGAACAAGACGUGCACUUAUUUUUAGUUAAAGCAUCAUCUGCAUUAUAGUGUCUCAGAAUUAAUCCUUUUUUUUUUCUACUAGAAAAAUUACAACAUAAGCACUGAUUCCGGCUGAGGCAACACUGUCUACUACUAUGAACGUUGCCCAAAGAUAAUGUUUAAUUACAUGAUUCCAAUUAAUUUAAAGAACAUUGCACAAGAGGGCAAAGUAAUGUGCAAAAGAGGGGGCUUAAAAUGCUUCACUAGCGUGCUUAAGUUGUAUUAAAGUACAGCUUGUGGUGAUAAGCCUUUAGUCACAGAAUCACAUCAAAGUCCUGGAGACACUGCCUACAAAACGGCCUCAAUGCCAGGUGCACUGGGAAAAGUUUGAUAGUGCAGUGUCUUCUAGGCAUUUCACUGGGGCAGUGCUAGUAAUACUGUUUAUGCUGGGGAAGGCCAUGGUCUUUAGUUACCCUUCCUUAGCCAAAGGAAAGAGGGAGAUGUCUAAGUUAUGGGGAAAUAUUACCUGGAAUUCUAAUGAUUUUAGCCACUGCAACUAAAUCUUCCUGCAGUCCUGAGACAAAGUCCUAAAUUAGGUUUGCAUAGGACUCUAAUGCACUGAGUUGCUUUGUGCCGCAUGAUAAAGACAUUGCUAAAUGAGCCAGUUUUAUUAACUACACUUAAAAGGAUGAUGUUGCCAAGAUCUUUACAAGUUUGCGAUAGAAGUAUUUUUAGUUUGUUUUAAUAUUCUGAUAUGCACAUAUCUACAGAUCGUAAGAUAAUGCAGCUGGUAGAUUUUUCCUUUUCAGAAACUAACUUGAUAUAAAACCCAAGCAUUAUGGAUGGUGGAGAUAACACUUGUUCACUUUUAUAAUCCUGUAAUUAAAGGAG